UAGAGCAGAGUAUCUCAUUAGAAGUGAGAAGGGUCACCACUCACCAGAAGUGAGAAGACCCUUCCCAUUUCCGAGGCCCAGGGAUCGAAUAAAAGAAAGAAGAAUAAGUGCUUGCAAGAAUACGAUCAUGUCUUACGAUUCAGUCCACGGUACGUUAAUGUUCUUCCCAAACUCUUCCACACUAAUGUCUUCCCUUACUGUUCUAUUCCUUAAACCCAUUUUUCUACAUGGGUUUUCUGCAUCUUCACACCUUGUUUUGUUACUGGUUUUAUCUUUUUAUUGGGCGUGCAAGAAACUUACGACGCCCAAGCACGAAGGUUCAAUACAGGGGCUAAAGCACACCUCUUUUUCGUACUAUCGUUCGACCCUUUUCGUCUCUUUGGGGCUUUUUUUCUUUAAUCUUCUUUUUUGCGCUUUAAACUACUUCUUCUGGUAUAGAAAUGGUUGGUCUAGUGAAAAUCUUGUGACCCAAUUAGAUUUUGUACUCAGAACACUUGCUUGGUUUGCAGUUGCUUCUUACUUGCAUUUCCAAUUUCAUUCACAUGAGCUGAGGUUUCCCAACCUAUUAAGAAUUUGGUGGGGUUUCUAUUUCCUGCUAUCUUGUUCCUGUCUUGUCAUGGACGCUGUUUCGUUUGAGAAACAUCAGUUCUUACCAACCCAGUCUUGGAUUUCCGAUGUUGUGUCUGUUCUUGCUGGCUUGUUCUUCUGUUAUGCUGGAUUCUUUGGGAAGCAAAGAGGAGAUACCCAUCUUCGGGAGCCUCUUUUGAAUGGCAAUAACAAUAGAGCAAAUGGCGUGGAGGGGUCACGAAAGACUAUCGGUGGUGACAACAUAACUCCUUACUCAGCUGCUAAUUUUCUUAGUAUUCUUACUUUUUCUUGGAUGGGUCCUUUGCUUGCGGUUGGGAAUAAGAAAACUAUAGACCUUGAAGAUGUUCCACAACUUGCAACCAGUGACACUGUUAACAGGGUCUUCCCGGUUCUCAGAAGUAAGCUCGAAUCAGAUGGUGGCUGUGGUGGUGGUGGUGUAGGUCGUGAUCAAAUAACCACACCCAAGCUGGUGAAGGCAUUGAUCCUCUCAGCAUGGAGAGAAAUUGUAUUGACCGGUAUAUUGGCCCUUAUAUAUACAUUUGCUUCUUAUGUUGGACCAUAUUUUAUUGACAGCUUUGUUCAAUAUCUCAAUAGUCCUGACCAAGACAAAAGCAAAGGCUACAUGUUGGUUUCUACCUUUUUCUUUGCAAAGCUUGUAGAGUGCCUCUCGCAGCGACACUGGUUUUUUAGGGUGCAACAGGUGGGGAUUAGAACUCGUGCUGGCCUGGUUGCAAUGAUCUAUAGGAAGGGUCUCAAACUUUCAAACGAAUCAAAGCAGGGCCACACAAGUGGUGAGAUCAUUAAUUUUAUGACUGUUGAUGCAGAGAGGGUUGGUGACUUCAGUUGGUACAUGCAUGACCUAUGGAUGGUGCUUGUUCAAGUUGCACUGGCAUUGGUGAUCUUGUACAAGAGCCUUGGACUUGCUUCAAUUGCGGCUUUGGUCACUACAAUAAUUGUGAUGUUGGCUAAUAUACCAUUGGGGACAUUGCAAGAGAAGUUCCAGGGGAAAUUGAUGGAUUCAAAAGAUCAAAGGAUGAAGGUUACAUCUGAGAUUCUAAGGAAUAUGAGGAUUCUUAAGCUUCAAGGCUGGGAGAUGAAGUUCUUGGCUAAGAUAGUUGAGCUCCGUAAGGCAGAGGCAGGAUGGUUAAAGAAAUAUCUUUAUACAUCAGCCAUGACAACUUUUGUAUUCUGGGGUGCCCCCACAUUUGUAUCUGUGGCCACUUUUGGGGCAUGUAUGAUUCUAGGAAUCCCUCUAGAGUCGGGGAAGAUUCUGGCUGCACUUGCAACAUUUAGGAUAUUGCAAGAGCCAAUUUAUAAUCUCCCAGACACAAUCUCAAUGCUUGUUCAGACAAAGGUUUCUCUUGAUAGGAUUGCCUCAUUCCUUCGUCUUGAUGACCUGCAACCUAAUGUAGUACAGAAGCUUCCUGUUGGUAGUUCUGAGAUUUCAAUUGAGAUAAUCAAUGGGAAUUUCUCUUGGGACCCCAAAUCCUCUAUUCUCACAUUGAAAGAUCUGAACUUCCAAGUGUACCAAGGCAUGAGGGUGGCUGUCUGUGGUCCUGUUGGCUCAGGCAAGUCAAGUUUGUUGUCAUGCAUAUUGGGGGAAAUGCAUAAGGAGUCUGGUACUGUUAAAUUAAGUGGAACAAAAGCUUAUAUUGCACAAUCACCUUGGAUACAGAGUGGCAAGAUAGUAGAGAAUAUAUUGUUUGGUAAGGAGAUGGACAUAGAGAGGUAUGAGAAAGUCUUAGAAGCAUGUUCAUUAAAGAGGGACCUUGAAAUUUUGCCCUUUGGAGACCAAACUGUUAUAGGGGAGAGGGGCAUUAACUUAAGUGGUGGGCAGAAGCAAAGAAUCCAGAUUGCACGUGCUUUAUACCAGGAUGCUGAAAUUUAUCUGUUUGAUGAUCCUUUUAGUGCUGUGGAUGCUCAUACAGGAAGUCAUCUCUUUAAGGAAUGUUUACUUGGGCAUUUGAGUUCUAAAACUGUGAUUUAUGUUACGCAUCAAGUAGAAUUUUUACCUUCUGCUGAUCUCAUAUUGGUUAUGAGAGGAGGAAAGAUUACUCAAGUAGGAAAGUAUGAAGAGAUUCUCAAUUCAGGAACUGAUUUUAUGGAACUGGUUGGUGCACACAAGAAAGCGUUGGCAGCCUUAAAUUCUACAAGUCGUGUGGUUUUUUCUGAAAAUUUAGUUACUAGGGAGGAAGUGGGUACUACAAGGAAUUCUGAGAACGCCUUCCAAGAAGAAGAGGAGAAGAGGGAAUUGAUAAAUGCUAAAACUGAAAAAGUAGUUGGGAAAGAAAGGCAACUUGUCCAAGAAGAAGAGAGAGAGAAAGGUAGGGUUGGUCUUUCUGUCUACUGGAAAUAUAUUACAAUGGCAUACAAAGGAGCCCUUGUGCCAUUGAUAUUGUUGGGACAAAUUCUUUUUCAGCUUCUUCAGAUUGCAAGCAAUUAUUGGAUGGCAUGGGCAACUCCUGUUUCAAAGGAUGUAAAACCUCAUGUUAGAGGCUCUACACUCAUUUUUGUGUAUGUUAUUUUGGCCCUUGUUAGCUCUCUUUGUGUACUCGUAAGAUCCACGCUAACUGCAACUGUUGGAUAUAAGACGGCCACACUACUUUUCAACAAAAUGCAUUUAUGCAUUUUCCGUGCCCCUAUGUCAUUUUUCGAUUCCACUCCAAGUGGACGAAUUCUCAACCAGGCUUCUACGGAUCAAAGUGCAGUUGAUACGUCUAUUCCGUUUCAAAUUGGGACAUUUGCCUUCACAAUGAUACAACUCUUCGGAAUCAUUGCAGUAAUGUCACAGGUUGCUUGGCAAGUUUUUAUUGUUUUUAUUCCUGUGAUUGCAAUCUGCCUCUGGUACCAGCAAUACUAUAUUACUACGGCACGAGAAUUAGCACGGCUGGUUGGAGUAUGCAAAGCUCCAAUUAUACAACACUUUGCUGAAUCUAUGUCAGGAUCAACCACAAUCAGGAGCUUUGAUCAGGAACAAAGAUUCAUGGAGACGAAUCUCAAGCUGAUUGAUGGCUAUUCUCGCCCCAAAUUUCAUACUGGUGGUGCAAUGGAGUGGUUAUGCUUCCGUUUGGAUAUGUUGUCAUCCCUCGCAUUUGCCUUCUCUUUGUUUUUCUUGAUUUUAAUGCCAAAGGGAGUAAUUAAUCCUGGCAUUGCGGGUUUAGCAGUGACAUAUGGACUUAAUUUAAAUAUGCUACAAGCCUGGGUCAUAUGGAAUCUUUGCAAUCUUGAGAACAAUAUUAUUUCCGUUGAGAGAAUACUUCAAUACACAUGCAUUGCUAGCGAACCUCCUCUUGUGACAGAGGUGAAUAGGCUUGAUUGUGAUUGGCCGUCACAUGGGAAUGUUGAUAUUGUUAAUCUGCAGAUCCGUUAUGCCCCGCACUUGCCUCUUGUAUUGCGUGGUCUCACUUGCACUUUUCCUGGAGGGAUGAAGGUUGGCAUUGUUGGACGGACCGGUAGUGGUAAAUCAACUCUCAUUCAGGCACUUUUUCGCAUUGUAGAACCUGCAGCUGGUCAUAUUGUAAUAGAUGGCGUUGACAUCUCCAAAAUUGGACUACAUAACUUGCGGUCAAGAUUAAGCAUCAUUCCACAAGACCCAAUCAUGUUUGAGGGGACUGUGAGGAACAAUCUGGAUCCGAUUGAAGAGUACACAGAUGGACAGAUUUGGGAGGCUCUUGAUAGAUGCCAGCUUGGAGAUGAAGUUAGGGAAAAGGAAGAGAAGCUUGAUUCUGCAGUGACUGAGAAUGGAGAGAACUGGAGCAUGGGCCAGAGGCAGUUAGUGUGUCUAGGCCGGGUGCUACUCAAGAGGAGCAAAAUAUUGGUGCUUGAUGAAGCUACUGCUUCAGUUGAUACUGCAACUGAUAACCUCAUUCAGCAUACACUUAGGCAACAGUUCUCGGGGUCUACGGUUAUCACGAUUGCACAUAGGAUAACAUCUGUUCUAGAUAGUGAUAUGGUCCUACUUCUUGACCAUGGUCUUAUCAUGGAAUAUGACUCUCCAGCCAAAUUACUUGAAAACAAGUCGUCAUCAUUUGCAAAGCUUGUGGCCGAGUAUACUCAGAGGAAUCCAAAAUAGGGUCUAAGACCUUGACGACAACAGCUGCCGACGGCUGAGUGGCCUUAUUUAAAUCAAAAUCAGACCAAACAAGAUCACCAUUGAAUCUUAAAGCAAACUCAGCUAUAUAAUGAGUGACAUAUUGUCUGCCCUUUGAGCUAUAACACAAUGUAAACAAGUUCCCAACAGGUUUGCAGGACAAAAGUGUCACUCAAUGUAAACAAGUUUAAUCCCUGUGAUGGGCAAAUGAGAACCGUCAACUAAAUUUGUUUUUCCUUU